AUGGCGCCAAAAUCCACACGACACCACGACACAACCUCCGGCCUAUCCUGGAACGAAACCAUCAUCUCCACGGCCUCCAAACCCCUAUCGUCACAAAUUUACGAUUUUCUCCAUAGAUCUGUGGGCGUACCUCCUCCUCUAUGUUCGAUGAAUGAGAGAGGAAUGGGCGUUGAUGCUUUGGAAUCGAUGGCUCUGAGGUGUCUUUUGAACAAUUUAGCGAUGCUGGAGGUGCAGAGUUUGGAGGGUGUGCCGGAAGUUUGGCUGAAAAGGCUCUGGGAGGAGAUUCAGAGGAACAACCUCCAAUCCCUACAUCUCUGGCAAAUCUUCACAAAAGUCUCUCCUUCCUCUCCACCAACUCCAACCUACAGAACAACAACUCACAACCACCUCCCCCUCGCCCUCCUCAGCCCUUCAAUCUCAGCGCCUCCUGCAAUCUACCUCACAUCUCUCACACUCAUCUCCACCAUCGCCGACUACAACACCUCCAUCCAUAUUCUCCCCUCUCUUCCAAACCUAGUAUCCCUACACAUCAAUGGCUCUUCCUCAUCCACAGCACAAACUUCAAUGAUCACCGACGAUACGAUGAGGCUUUGGAACAAGAAGGCGAGAAACGGGACUGCGUUUCCUUGUUUGAGAUACCUGGUUUUGAGGUUUCAGUUGGGUGUUACGGAGCUGAGUUUAAGAGAACUGGAUGGGUUUGGAGCUUUGGAGAUGAUGGUUACGAGUCGAUGCGGAGUUUGUGUUAAACAAGGGAAGAAGAUUGCUAAAGAUAAGGGAUGGAAGAUGACGAGUAAAGCCUUUUACGCCCACGCAUCCACAUCCCUCGAAACCAAGCCCUCGGGUAGGAACUUUGUGGACUUGGUUGAUGAGUACAUAACGACCGUCCUCACCUCCUCUUCCUCUUCACCCUCACCACCACUCUCCCUCAUCCAAUUAGGACGCCAACCACCCAACGCAUCAACAAACAUCCUCUUCUCCACCUCCGAACUCGAAUGUUGGGUCCAAGACACCGAGAAAACCAAAACCAUAGAGACAGAAAGAAGAAAACGAAUACAAGAAAAAGAAGAAGAGAAACAGGAGAAUGGGAAGAAGAGACGGAGAAUCAAAGAUGCAAAGAAGAGGAAUUUGUUAGAACUUUUGGAGGGAAUGUAG